AAGUCUCAUACCAGUUCAGAUGUUGCUGUUCCUUCAAGCUGCAGGUCUAUGGAAAUGCAGGAUCUAGCCAGCCCACAUAGCCGACUAAGUGGUAGUAGUGAAUCUCCCAGUGGUCCAAAACUUGAUAACUCCCAUAUAAAUAAUAAUUCCAUGACACCAAAUGGCACAGAAGUUAAAACAGAACCAAUGAGCAGCAGUGAGAUUGCUACUGCUACUACCACAGACGGAUCUUUAGACAAUUUCUCAGGAUCAGCAAUUGGAAGCAGUGGUUUCAGCCCAAGACAAACACACCAGUUCUCCCCACCACAGAUUUACCCUUCCAACAGACCAUACCCACAUAUUCUUCCUACCCCCCCUUCACAAACGAUGGCUGCAUAUGGGCAGACGCAGUUUACAACAGGGAUGCAACAAGCUACAGCUUAUGCCACUUACCCCCAGCCAGGCCAGCCUUAUGGAAUCCCUUCAUAUGGUGCAUUGUGGGCAGGCAUCAAGACAGAAGGUGGAUUGGCACAGUCACAGUCACCUGGACAGACAGGAUUUCUAAGCUACGGUGCCAGCUUUAGCACACCUCAACCUGGACAGGCUCCCUAUAGCUACCAGAUGCAAGGCAGCAGUUUUACAACAUCAUCAGGAAUAUAUGCAGGAAAUAAUUCACUCACAAAUUCUACUGGAUUUAAUAGUUCACAGCAGGAAUAUCCCUCUUAUCCCAGUUUUGGCCAGAGCCAAUAUGCACAGUAUUACAACAGCUCACCAUACCCUUCACACUACAUGACAAACAGCAACACCAGCCCAACAACACCCUCCACAAAUGCAACUUACCAGCUCCAAGAACCACCAUCUGGCAUCACCAGUCAAGCAGCUACAGAUCCUGCUGCAGAAUACAGUACAAUCCACAGUCCAUCAACACCCAUUAAAGAUUCAGAUUCAGAUAGAUUGCGUCGUAGUUCAGAUGGGAAAUCGCGUGGACGUGGCAGAAGAAACAAUAAUCCUUCACCACCACCUGACUCUGAUCUAGAGAGAGUAUUCAUUUGGGAUUUGGAUGAGACAAUCAUCAUUUUCCAUUCCUUGCUUACAGGGUCCUAUGCUAACAGAUAUGGAAGGGAUCCACCCACUUCCGUGUCUCUUGGACUCCGAAUGGAAGAGAUGAUUUUCAAUUUGGCGGACACGCAUCUGUUCUUCAAUGAUCUAGAAGAAUGUGACCAGGUUCACAUCGACGACGUGUCUUCGGAUGACAACGGUCAAGAUUUAAGCACCUAUAACUUCGGGACGGACGGCUUUCCCGCGGCUGCGACCAGUGCCAACCUGUGCCUGGCGACGGGGGUGCGCGGAGGAGUGGACUGGAUGCGGAAACUGGCUUUCCGCUACAGACGAGUAAAAGAAAUAUAUAACACCUACAAAAAUAACGUUGGAGGUCUCCUUGGUCCAGCAAAAAGAGAGGCUUGGUUACAACUACGGGCUGAAAUUGAAGCUUUGACAGAUUCGUGGUUAACACUUGCACUGAAAGCACUCACCCUUAUUCAUUCGAGGACAAACUGUGUGAACAUCCUUGUAACAACUACGCAGCUAAUUCCAGCUCUGGCAAAAGUCUUGUUGUACGGACUAGGGGUUGUAUUUCCUAUAGAGAAUAUUUACAGUGCAACUAAAAUAGGAAAGGAAAGUUGUUUUGAGCGAAUAAUUCAACGAUUUGGAAGAAAAGUAGUGUAUGUUGUUAUUGGGGAUGGUGUCGAAGAAGAACAAGGUGCAAAAAAG